AUGUCAUCGGUGCAACAAGCCUGGUCAUGUUGCAAGGGAUUGCAGGAGUCAGCGUCCAGCGAAUCAGAACCGGCAGCAUCAGCAAGCCCCACCAAAUCAACGCCAGCAGCAGCAACAACAAGGUGUCAGAGACUUGAUCUAAAUGCUGGUGUUGAUGAGAAUAUAGUAGGGCAUGCAACUGCAGAUGGUGGAGCUGCACCUCCAUCACAACCACCUCCGCCACCAGCUGUAGAGCCUAGUGAAGUUACAAACAGUGAGUAUCCCGGGUGGUCGGUUUCAGAAAUCAACAAGAUGGCCAUUGACCGGUGUCUUGCACGAGUCGACUCGAGGUUGGAUGAGGAUGAUGAAGACUAUGAUGAAGAAUAG